AUGAACAUUGCCCUGCUAUCCAAAUGGAUAUGGAAGCUAUACCAGGACGAGGCAUCGAUCUGGGCGACGAUAAUCAAAGCCAAAUACUGCGACGCCGAUAAUCUGUUCGAGGGCUCAGGGCAAGGAGCCUCGCAAUUCUGGAAAAGCUUGCAUAAAAUUAAGCAUUUCUUCAAGCUCGGUGCGAAACACAUCAUUGGUGAUGGGCGACGCACGUUCUUCUGGACUGACUGGUGGUGCAGCAACCAACCUAUCAAGGAACGCUUCCCUGAGCUAUUUAAUAUCUGUGAUAACCCUAACCUCUCGGUGGCUGAGGCCCUGGAAGCUGGGGAGCUUCUUAUCACCUUCCGGCGCUCUCUUAGUCCGGAAGGAAGGCGGCAGUGGCUCGACCUUGUGUCACUCGUUCAGCCCUUCACCCUCUCUAGCACUAAGGACAAGCUUUGGAGCUGCAUGGCCAAGACAGGAGAUCGGGAGGGCCUCCGGUGGCUGGAGAACAAGCUGAGGGAGCUGUACGCCGCCGUGAGACCAAGUCACUCAAGCCAAUGA